AUGUUAGAUUUUUCAGAUGACUCCUACUCUUUUUAAAUUUAACCUGUUAAUUAAAGAAAGAAGAAUAUUAAACUAUUAGUUAAGUUGAUGAAACAUCAUAAAGUUGCUAAAUUAAAUCAAUCUAUUACACUUGAUAGAAAUUUAGAUUAACUCUAUGAAAAUUAUAGGAAUAUUAAUUCAUAGGCUGAAGAAAUUAUAGAAGUAUAAUAAAUUUUAAGUGCUGUCUAUAAUAAAGGUCAUAUUAGUAGAUAAAUACCAAGAGAAAGGAAAUUAAAAUUUUUGUAAAAAGUAAAUCAUGAAAGAAAAAGAAUCGAGGAUGUUAUAGAAGAAAGUGAAGAUGAUGAAGUAGAGGUAAAUAAAAAAAUAAAAAAUGAAAUAAAACAGAAAUUACUUUAUUUAAUAAUUAAUAAGGUACCAUUACCAUUUAUUUUAAAUUUUAUUGAAUUUUAGUAAAAAAGAGAAUAAUUAGUAAAAUUGAAAAUUAGAUGUGAAGACUCAUUAUUAGAUUCAUUAAAUUUUACAUUAAUUAAAGAUCAUAGAAAUGAAGAAGAAUUAAAUUAAAAUCUAAAAUGCAUAGAGAUUAUUAAAAUGAAAGAACUAUUAUAGAUGAGUUUAGAAUAAUUAGAAAAGAGUAAAGAAAAUAUAUUAACUGAAUUAAAUGAAAUGUUUCUUGAUUUAAAAUCAUGUAAAACUUAGUUGAUGAAAAAAUUAGAGUUUUUUUAGUAGAAUGAUGAUAGUUUAGACCCAUAAAUAAAUAAAUUAUUAGAAAUAAUAAGGAAUCUUAUUGGUUAUUGUAAAUCAAAAUCAUCUUUAAAUGGUUAAUUUGAUAAAUCUGUAUUAAUGCCUAGAAAAAAUGGUUUAAGAUGGUUAUAAAAGAUAAUUAUGUUAAAUUGUUGGGUUUCAUAGAUAUCCUUUCCAGAGAUAUUAAUAUACAUAUAAAUGAAAGGAGAUUUAGAUAAGAAUAAAGCAAAUCCAAAGAGAUAAUGUGUGAUACAAUUAUCGAAAAAGCUUGAUUUUCUAAGGAAAAUAUAUAAUAUUCCAGAAGUUCGAAAGAAAUGUUGGGAUCAAAAAGUAGUUUUAAUGGAUUAAACUAAAAGAACACCUAGUUAUAUUUUAUAAGAAUAUAACUUACACUUACAUCAAUUACAUAAAAGUUUAUUUUAUGAUAAAUUGUAUUUGGACAAUAUGUAAGAUUAUGUUUUAGAAUCAUAAUUACGUAUGUUAGUAUAAAGAUUUUAAUAAUAAAAAUACUAAAUUUUUGAAGCAUAUCAAGAUUUGAGAUGUCAAAUUAAUAUGAUUCCAAUAAAUAUUCUAUAUAAAGAUUAUUUGGAAUGGUAUAAAUAUGAUAUUGAAUAACUAUCAAGAUUUGACUAUAUAAAACAUGCAAAAGAUGUAAUUGUAGUUUGUCUUAUUAAACAUUUAGGAAUGCUUUUAAGAAAGGAGAAUAUUUUUAAGAAAGAAUCAGAAAUUAUUAAAUUGCAUUUUGAUAAUAGAUUUUCUUAUUCAAUUUAUUAUAAAGAUAAAGAUAAAGGAGACAUUUAUUAAUGUAAUAAAUACUUUUAUAUUAAAAUAUUGCUUUGUGAUUUUAUUGCAAUGGAUUAGCCAUUUCCAAAUUUAUUUCGUUUCUUAACUUUAAGACUUGAAAAAGUUGAAUCAAUUAAUUAAGAAGAGAUUUUGGCUUAACUUUUGAGUGAAAAAUAUGUAAGGAAUUAUUUAUUAACAAAAUAUAAUUUAAAAAUUGGAGUUGAAUAAACAGGCAAUCGAAUAAUAAUUACAAGUAUUCCAUUAUCUUUUGAUGAUAUUACAAGAGAAUUAUAUUAUAUACCAUGGGAAUAUGUAGUAACCUCUUCUUUAUCAAUAAUAUACCGUUAUAGAAAUUAUUUAAAGAAUGAAAUAUAAUAGAUGAUUUCAAGUAGAGAAUUUUAAGACUAUAGAUCAAAUUUGAAGGCAGAUUCAAAACUUUAUUUCUAAUAAUCAGAAAUUAUAACUAAAUUGGAAAAUACUUAGAAAGACCUUAAAAAAUGA